CCUAACACAGCGUCUAAUGCGUCGGUAGCGCGAAUGCUGUUCAUCCUUUCUGUAAUAUACUGCAUACCACCUCCACCACGGCGCGGAGACAUUCUACUCUGAACUUAAGCCGGCGACAAUGGCUGCAUACUUCUUUGCAUCACCAGUUGACGUGGACAUCAAGCUCGACGGAGAAGAUGAACGCAAGAAGGUGGAUAUGAAGCUGGAGAAAGACCGGACAGUAUCAUGUCCGGUCUAUUAUGAUGGAGAGGCUGUUGCUGGUCAGGUGACCGUGCGUGUUCGAGAUGGCAAGAAGCUAGCACACGAAGGUGUCAAGGUGGAGUUUAUCGGCAGUAUUGAACUGUUCUAUGAUCGUGGUCACCAUCAUGAGUUCUUGUCUCUGUCCCAAGAGCUCGCUGCGCCUGGAGAGAUGCGCGCGGCACAGACGUUCGACUUCCUCUUCAAGAACGUGGAGAAGCAGUAUGAGAGCUACCAGGGCAUCAAUGUGAAGCUUCGAUACUUCAUUCGUGUAACAAUAUCUCGGAGAAUAGCGGACGUCACGAAGGAGAAAGACAUCUGGGUGCACUCAUAUCGCAUGCCUCCUGAUAGCAACAAUUCUAUCAAAAUGGAAGUUGGUAUCGAGGAUUGUUUGCACAUUGAGUUCGAGUACAACAAGUCGAAAUACCACCUAAAGGAUGUCAUUGUUGGCAAAAUCUACUUCCUGCUAGUACGAAUAAAGAUCAAGCACAUGGAGCUCUCCAUCAUCCGUCGGGAAACAACAGGUGCACCGCCUAAUCAGUACAACGAGAGUGAAACAAUCACCAAGUUUGAGAUUAUGGAUGGUGCACCAGUGCGAGGAGAGACGAUACCCAUCCGCCUUUUUCUUGGCGGUUUCGAGCUGACACCGACGUUCCGGGAAGUGAACAAGAAAUUCAGCGUACGUUACUAUCUCAACUUGGUUCUCAUUGAUGAGGAGAAUCGGCGAUAUUUCAAGCAGCAGGAAAUUACCAUUUUCCGCAUCCCUGAGAAUUGACCUGGAUGGAUACUGUACUCAUAAUAUUAUUGUUUAUUCCUCGCUCGCAUUUGCCACCCCCUACUGCUCGUGAUGAUAGAUACGCAGGCUGGAUCGUCAAGUCCUAUGGUAAUAUCUAAU